UUUUUUUUUUUUUUUCACCGCGUUCAUCGCUUGGCGGCGCGUGGCCGUAGCGUACGGAGCGUCGGCCAGUCGAAGCGGCGGCCACGUCACGCGCGUCUAGGCCGCCGCGUCGUGCGGGCCCCAUGCCUCGGCGACGACGUAGACGGCGGCGGUCGCCGAGCUUCUUCGUCGCCGUCGCUUCUUCGAAACCUCUCCGCGCGAUCUCGCGAAGGUCGCCGACGCAAGAGUCGCGGGCGCUCGCUGCAGCCGCCGCGUGCUGCUGCUGCUGCUGCUGCUGCUGCGACGAUUGCGAGACGCCGACAGGCAGGCGGUCGCACCAAGCAGCAGCAGCAGCAGCUGAGGAGGACGCCUUCGCUGUAUCGACCUCCCCACUCCCCUCCGCCCCCCUCGCCAGUGGCUCGCGUCGAAGCCGCCGCCUCCCCCCGCGAAAUGGGUUAAAACCGCGGCUCUCCCGAUGCCGCGACUUCGUCACGCGUUCCGUCACGGCCGAGACGCUUCUCGGUGUCCUCCCCUCUCCGUCUCCGCCUGCUGCUUCGACUCUUGGAGCGAGACAUCGACGGACGGCACCGCGUUCUUCCGCGAGAGACUUCCUUGCCUGCCUUGCACGGUGAAAAGCCACGCCAACCUGCGAGGGCUCUGCUAUGCUGCUGGAACACCGAACCCGUAUUGGCGAACAGCGCCCGGCGUCAACGACAACAUGUCAUCGGAGUGCGAUGAAAGAGGCCAGUGAGGCCGAGGAAUGUCGCAGCAACGGCGGCAGCCCCGGCAGUGCGGCGAGCACCACGAGCGGCGGCGGCGGCAACGGCGCAGCGGGCUCUUCCUCGGCGCCGUCGAGCGCCGGCGGUGCCGGCGGCGGAGGUUCGCGCAGCCCGCCGCUCCCGGGUGCCGCAUCCUCGACGACGGGCGAGCUGGCCUUCCUCUCGAAUCUGCUGGGACGACGCGAGGCGCCGCGCGACAAGGUCUUCACGUGCACUGUCUGUAGGCGAUGCUUCGGCUACAAGCAUGUGCUGCAGAACCACGAGCGCACGCACACGGGAGAGAAGCCGUUCGAGUGCCGCGAGUGCCACAAGCGCUUUACGCGCGACCACCACCUGAAGACGCACAUGCGGCUGCACACGGGCGAGAAGCCGUACCACUGCACGCACUGCGACCGCCAGUUCGUGCAGGUGGCCAACCUGCGCCGACACUUGCGGGUGCACACCGGAGAGCGGCCGUACGCCUGCGAGCUGUGCGACUCCAAGUUCUCCGACUCGAACCAGCUCAAGGCGCACAUGCUCAUCCACAAGGGCGAGAAGCCGUUCGAGUGCCAGCUCUGCCUGGGCCGCUUCAGGCGCCGCCACCACCUCAUGCACCACAAGUGCCCCAAGGACGAGGCGAACGCUGGCAAGCCGCGCCGCGGCCGGAGGCCCCGCGCCUACGAGGUGGCCACCUCGCCUCCUUCCUCGCUCGCCGCGACGGCCGCGCUGCCCGUGGUGGUCAACAACAGCCUGGCUGCCGCCGCCGCCCUAUCGCCCACAGCCGCAGCCGCCGCCGUGAUCCCCCCCGUGGCCCACUCGGUCACCGGGGGACCUCUUGGCGAGCCGCCCAAGAGCCGGCGAAAGCCGCGCCACACGAUCCGCAUCCUGACGCCGCAGCAGCGCGACCUGUUCCUCGAGACGGAGCAGACCGAGCCGCUGGACAUGUCCAUGUCGCCGACGCCGCUGCUGCUGCCGUCGACGCCGUACCGCUACCCGACGCCCGGCGUGCUCGACCUGUCCAGCUCGCGGUCCGACUCCGAGGCUCCCGAAGACGACGAGGAGGACGGCGAAGAGGACAUGAUGGACGAAGCCGAGGAAAAGGAGCAAGACCUGCGCAUCAACAACGACCACCGCCGCAAGGAUCUGCUCGCCGAGCGGCUGCAGGGCGUUGUGGACCACCACCGCCUCGCAGCCGUGGACCACCGGCUCACGGCAGUCGACCACCGUCUGGGCGUCGGCAUCGACCACCGGCUGGCCGUCGAACAUCACCGGCUGGGGGAUCGGCUCGAGGACCGGCUGGCGGCGGGCUUCCAGCUCGACCUGGUGCGGCGCCGGGGCCUUGGCCACGGGCUGGCGCUGCCGCACGUGCUCCCGCCCGUCCUGGCGCGAGGCCUGUCCAGCUCGCCGGACCACGACGGCGACAACACGAGCAACGGAUCCUUCGCCCUGGCCGCCUCGUCCUAGCCCGAUGCUGCUGCGGCCUCUUCUUCUCCGGCGGAGCAGAGGAAGUAUCUUUGCACUUCCUCGCACGGACUCCCAUGUCGGCGCCUCCCGUUGUUAAACCCUCCCCCCAGUUCCCCUGCCUCGUUGUUCCCCGAGGCCGCCUGUCCAGUGCGGGGCGUGCCGACCGUCGUUGUGCUCCACUAUAUAUGAGCGGGGAGACCCCGUGAGCGUGUGUUGUAGCGGACUUGUGUGGACACCAUUUGGCACUCGACGACUGUAAAGAGUGUGAGUGUGCCUGCCAACGGGUAUCGAGCGAGGUUUAAAAAGAGGAAAUCAAACGUUUUUUGACGGUUGAAUAUCAAAAAAGUGGCGCGCUCUUUAUUUUCCUUGUAUGUAUUUUGCGAAGGUGUUUGUGAACGUAUAGAAUAUUAUACAUACAUAAAUAUAUUAUAUAAAUAUAUAUACAUAGGCAGAGAUAUUGUCAGUGUGCAUAUUGUAAAGAAAGAUGGAGAGAGUUAAGUGACGUAUAGGGAAGCAGCACACGGCAGCACGGCUCCAUUUCCACGCCCUUUUGCGUGCCCACCUGUGUUGGUAUAGACGCGCACGCCCAUCAAAAAGAAAGGCUUCUUUCUCUCCGUUCAGGCGCUUCCCGCUCCUUGAGCAACACGGCGCGCGCGGAUCGAGCGAUUCUGCCAGCGCGCUCUCCUGUUUCCUUUAUGUCAUCGGAAAAAGAAAACACUCCCGUCUGUGUAUACGUCUGUCUCUGCGAUACAUCAAAACCGCAAAACCUGUUCUGCAAAGCGUUCGCUACACGUUCCAAAGGAUCCAGAAUCAAAGGCUUUUGCGAAAUAUCAAAAAAAGUGGAAAGAAAGCUAGGACACGCGAGGCCAUGCCACACCAAGCGCGUUGUCCACGGUAAAUACGGGUAUACAAAACCACGCCGCUCGCCAUCUUGUACUGAGUGUAUAAUAGCAUAUACGUUUGGCGCGGCGGCGUGGAAUCGUUAACGUGAUGUUUGAGCGCGUCCUUUCCAUAUAUGGGAUGCGGGCAACGCGUAGGCGGGUGUGUUCGGUAAGCAGCGUUCGGUGUUGCGCGUGCUUGCUCGCGCCGACCACGUCGUGGUGUGAGAGCGUGUUAAGAUGAGAGGCGGCCUGUAGGCGGCUCGUGCAAUGAAGUGCGGCGCUUCGCUCGCCGCUUUCAGCUCCGUAUGAUCUCUCCGUUGGGUCGCCGGCUAAGCGCGUGGGUCGCUCCCUCGCGGCUCAGUGAAUGAAAUACCCUCUCCCAUGCUCUACACAGUUCGGCAGCCGUUUCUUGCUCAUUUUGUGGGGGUUCGCAGUAUUAGCGUAGCUGCUCGGUGGUAUUAUUGCUUUUGUGUUGGAAGAAGUGUGGCGGUUAACAGUCGUGAAUCCACGCUGUGGUUGCAUGUGUCUGGUUAUGUACUAUAGGGCCCGGGGAGGUUCUUUAGCUCUCUGACCCUGGAGUUUGAGUGUACUUUGUUUGGAGUCGGGCUAAGCUGCCUCGAAGGCGGCGACAGUCGAAGCCAUAUAGUCGAAAGCUGAGGUGUGGAUUUACACGUGAAGGCGACGAGAAAGGUUUGAGUUGUAGCGCUUGGUGCCUUGCGAGCUCGUUCGGAUAACAAUACUGGCAGCUUCGAUCAGGGAGAAAGUACGCUGCUCGUUGGCUUAGUCAUCAAUUUAUUCAAUAAAAAAAAACAGACCAAGUUGAAUGCGAGAGAGCGCAUUACAGUCCAUCGUCUAUCAGAACUACUUUCUUGUAUAAUUUUAAACUGUUGUCACAUAAUUUCUUCCGCCAUUCUUGCCGAAACGUGCUGGGUCUGCAAAGUAGUUAGUAGGGAUAAUCUGAAGAAGCCAAAUGGUUCACGAAGCACGCCUUGCUCCAUCGUUAUGAACCAAAAACAUUGAAACUGACAAGUGCCAUUUCCGCGUAGAAAUAUAGGUCGCCUUGUUUCUUGUUGUACGAGUGCAUCACUAUAGGACCAAGGAGCAGUCGAUAGAGAAACCAUUUAGUCAUUUUUAGCCCUCCGAGAUUACAUGCCAUCUUUUUUUUUUCUUUACCUCUCUCGAACCCGCGCCAAUCUGGUCUCUACAUAUGCGAGGUUGAAAGGCGAAGUAGCAGCCAGUGGUCGAUUUCUGUCGCUAAACGUCCGAAUGAGGCAUGUGGCUGGUGUCUUUUUUUUUAUGCCAGACAAAAUUGGGAGCGACCGGGAACCAGUAUUUCAUUGAAUCUGUAUCGGCCAAGUGACGCAGGAAUUGUUGCUGUAUAUUCCGGGUCGACAACUCCGUGCACUGCCGUGAAAGCUACACAAGUGGUGUCAACCAAUCAGCAGGAAGAAUCAGCUGCGCACACCAGUCAAGGGUCGAAAGCUCGCCCACUCUUUGAUGCUAAUUCAUUCGGGCUCCUUCUAUUGAACUGGCAUUGCGCGCGGGAAGAUUAGCGCUGAAGAGUCGGCGAGUGGCUGCCGCUGGUGGUCUUUGCCGCACUGCACGGAGUCAGUGCGACAGAGUAUACACAUGCUAAUUUGUUUCCUGCACAUAACGAGUCGACUGCUUUCAGAAGCCUUUGAUAAGGGAAAGGAAUGCCCGCACAGCUUGUGUCUGUCUCCUGUUUUUACACGGGCAAACGUUCUCGGUUCCUGCUGUGCUCGAUGAGUCCGGUAACUUUGCUCAAUCGCGCGGCCAAUGACGGCCGAGUCGAAAAAAAUAGUGUUCAUGAGCUGCUCCGUCAGUGAUCUCAGCGCGUGGAGAGGAGAGAGAGAAAGUGUCCCCGCGGGGCAGACGUUGUUGCCCUGCCUCCGUGCUGCCCAUCCUCGCCGGAGCUUACGUUGAUUCUUAGCAGGCCGCCUUCGGGGUGUUUGUGGAGGUGCCCUAGAUAUUAGUACAUGCAAAGAAAAGUGUGCCAAUGUCUGCUGCGGUGCACGGUCUCAGAGUGGCUGUCCCGAGGUGAUCGUCGCAUGGUUUUCGUACCAAUGUGUGCUGUAUAUAUGUUUUCGGUUUCAAGCGAGGCCAUUUGGUAACGGCAAAUUGAGAGCAAUGAAAGGGAAGCAUGACCGCACUGUAACGGAAUAAAGGGCGAAUGGAUAUCUUUUUUUUUAUUAAUCUUUUUCGUCGCUUACCGUUUUAGUCUCCUUUUGAGCCUUCAUGCACCAGCCUGUUGGUGUUUUCAUUCUCUAGUCGCUUGUUUUCUUGUCAUGGUCUUUCACUUACCAUGUUUUAAGUGUUCUUUAUCAUCUUUUACAUUAUGACAUUACCUUCCUGCGUGGUCGACUUAACUUUGAUACAGAAGUUAAGUUUGACCUUUACAUUGUUUAAAUGUAAACAUUGCUGCUCUUUAUAAGCUCUUUGUAAGAUUCCGCCAUUUCCGCCAUCAAAAUUAGGAAGACCUGAAUUCAUUUUGUCAAUUUCUUGGUCUUUGUCUCCUUUAUUAGUUACCUGCUCUUUUUACCUGGUAAUGGCGACUACGGAACUUCUACAGAUCCCUAUUUCGAACUUCGAAAUCUCAUCCGGCUGCGUCUAGCCGAGUCGGCGCCAUUUCUUGCCGCCAGUGUCGGAAAAACACAUGCACGCCGCCCUGUAAUUUUGAGCAAACAGUAGAUGGCUUCCGUAGGGAAAAACGUGAACGGUCGGCAAUUCACGUUCCUCGUUCUAGCGCUUAGCACACGACACGUGGCGCUUCCAUUUGAUCGGCUAUCUUUAAAAAUAGAACCGCAUUUCCGAAAUGUCCAGCACUUUGCGCCUCGCCGAAUCAUAAGUCCAAGGCAGGCAUUUUCUCUAUCACCAGACGAUCACCUUCGGCACAGCCACUCCGUUCGUGAGCACUCGCAACUCUCCAUCGCGUCGGGUAGCCGUUGUGUGACAGACCACUAUAUAUAUAUAUAUAUAGCCACGUUUUGAUACGGGUAUUCCUCAUUGCUACUAUUACUGCUGCGCGCGUUGUUGAGGCCGCUUCGGCUGGCGCAGUGCUUGUGUGUGUGUGGUGUGGUCUACUACACAGCGGCAACCGCGACGGGAUGAAGAUAUCGAGGGGCGAGGGUGGGGGCGCAGUGCCGGUCGAGUGAGCGGUCGCCACACCGGUGGCUCGACUGUUGCAGGGCAGCCAGCGCCGCCUAUGUUGAGCGGCGGCGAAGCGCGCCAGAGCGCACAGGUGGCGGUAGGCCGCGCACCUGGUCCCGCCGUGGGGCCCAGUUCCUAGGGGCGACGAGGAGGCGCGCAAACGCCGUGUAGCCGGCGAGCAGCCCGCCAUGCGUACCUGCAGCGGCCGUCGCGCCGCACCACCCUUUCUCACUCUGUGUGUGUGUGUGUUUGUUUGUCCUUCCCCCCUUUUUUGUUGUUGUUGUUUGCCCCCCGCGUAUUGUCGUUACGUUGCACUGCCCUUUUCCUUGUAUAUGUUCAUUCGGGACUCGCUGGUAUACGCAGGCGUACGCGCGCGUCUCCUCCUCUCGCCGUAGUUUUGCCCGUUCUCUCUCUCUCUCUCUCUCUCCUUGUCCCGCCAAUCUUUGUUGCUCAUUGCCAAACGCGACCGCCACGUGCGGCGCCUGUACAGCCGGCGCCCACGUUCCUCACGCCGUCUCUGCGGCUCCAACGGGGAAGGCGAUGGGCGCGCCGCCCAAUGCACCACUACAAUACCGCCCGACCCUUCCUCCAUUGCGGCACCGCCGACGAAGCCACGAAAUCGAUGCAGUACUCUGCGUCCGAUGGUACGAGCUGUUGAGAAU